ACGCACGUUACUGAGGAAACGUUUUCAUCGACUUGUGUGGCUGUUAUCGUUAUAAUUCCAACAUAGAUCCUAUUAUGUCUACCUCACGACGGCCUCCCCCCGCAUAUACGGCACCACCAGACUCAAAUGUCCAAGCUACGUCCCAGCUUUACAGAUCAAUUUCGGAAACAGCUUCGGACUCCUCUGCUCGAGUGUUAGAAUCGUCUUUUACGAUCCGUCCAUGCUCCGGCCAGGCAUGGGUGGUUCCAGCUGGACAUGUCUGCCGAUUGACUACGCCCAAGGGACCCCAGGUUGGUGACCUAAACAUUUGGAACGCGAACAAUCCUCGCGAGCGUCUCUGGGCCGCUCGCACCCGUCAAAUCCAUGCCUCUCACGUCUCUGUCAGUGACAGGUUGUGGUCGAACCUGCCCUAUCUGCGACCUCUCAUCACCAUUACCGGUGACUCUCUCGGCGGUGGACAGUUACAUGAGGUUCUGGGACCAGACGGGAAGAGGAAGAAGGAGGUCGAAUUCGGAACGACACAGUGGGGUGGACGUGUUCACGACCUUCUCGGCACCAGAUGUGACCCUUACGUUAAUCUGGUGAUGGGUGGAGAGCCAUUCGACUUUCACUGCCACUCGAACCUUACGCGGGCAGUGGCAUCUUUUGGAUUGACGGAACUGGAUAUCCAUGAUGUUCUGAACGUGUUCCAGGUAACGGGAUUGGAUGAGGAGGGAAAGUACUUUAUGGAAACAUCGCCAGCCAAGCCAGGAGAGUAUUUUGAAUUCUUUGCCGAGGUUGACGUGCUCUGUGCAUUGUCUGCGUGUCCAGGCGGUGACCUUUCCAACUGGGGCUGGGAGGAUAAGGAAGCAGACAUGGGUGCGACUAGGCGCCCUCUUGGUGUUGAAGUGUACCGGCUAGCAGAUCCCAAGAUUCUGGAAGGAUGGAAACAGCCCGAAAGUCCCAAAUACACGGGAAUGCAUGGGCUGAGGCUACCGCCUCGAGACACGUCUGAUGGCUAUGUUGGGCUAUAGUGUAGAACAAACAUUACUGCAGGUAUUAUCUGAUCAUGCCAUGAGCGAAGGAAUCACGGCAAGCAGCGGUCAAUAUCUCCACGUGACCGACCCCGCCCCCACCUUCCUGUUGAUCCUACAGUAAUAGUUAUACAGGCUGGCGGCUGCGACUGCAGCACCCCUACCGCACAAAAGAAUACUUUUGACACUAUAGUCAGGACGGUCAGUUGCUGCCAUAAUACUGUCAUAGUAAUUUCUUAGCUACGAAAAGAGUGUGAUGACCUGCAUGCUGGGAUUGCGAUCUGCAGAGACGGUGCGUCAUGGCUGAAGAAUGAGGAUGCCUGAGCCAUGGCAUAUCACGGGAUCAGCAGGGCGGCAUGGCGUCAGUCUGCAAUGGACAGCAGGCAGCCUACAAUGCGACAGAACCCCUCCUAGCAUUGAUAACCCAUAUAAAUAUA